AUGGAUGUUCGUGACGAAAUUGACAUGAACAAGCUUCAAAAUCCACCGAAAAGCAAAAAGACUGGAAGAUCUAGUGAAGAGCAAAAAAUCGGGAAUGCAAAGCAACUAGACAUGAAGGAAACUGGAAAAUACGAAAUUGAGAAGGAAAUUGAAGCUGAAAAGCAAAUAGACACAUUCCAAGAACAACCACAAAGGUUAAUACUCAAAUUUAAGCGAAGACCAACUAAAUCCCAGCCAGAGGUUCAGAAAGUAUUAAGUGAAGGAGAUGGGAAGGCAUGUACAACUUCUGAGACAGAAGUUCAAAAACCAUUGAGUGAAGGAGAUAAGAAAUCUUCGUCAAAAUCACAGCCUGAAGUUCAAAAAACAUCAAGGGGCAACAACUUACUGAAACAACUUUUAGCAAAGAGCAUAAAGCAGAACAACAAAAAAAAGGCUGCACAAAUGGUAGCUGCAGCUGCUGCUGCUGCAAUGGCCAGCAAAGAAGCUGACAAAAGGAUAGAUACAGCUGCCGUUGCAGCACAAAUAGAAGCUGAGAAAAUGGCACCUGCAGCUGAUGCAGAAGACAAAAGAGUCGCUCAGGAAAAGGCGUCUGCAGCUGAGAAAGAAGCCAAAAGAGUGGUUGAGGAAAAGGCAUCUGCAGCUGAUGCAGAAGCGAAAAAACUGGAUGAGGAGAAGGCAUCUGCAGCUGAUGCCCAAAGAGAAGCUGAGCUGAAAGAAGCUGAAAACAAGAGGAUCGAGGCUAAUAAGAAGAAGGAAGAAGAAGAUAAAGCUGAAGCAAUGAAGAAGGAUUUAGAGGAAAGAAAGAAAGAAUAUGAAGAAAAAAUGAGCCAGCUUAUGGCUAAAAACAACAAAGAGUUGAUAGAGGAAGCGGAAAGGAAAGAAGCUGAGAGAAAGAAAAGAGAAGAUGAGAGAAAGAAAAAAGAAGACGAUGAUGCCACAAAAGCAAUUGCCAUGGUGGUUGAAAAUGUAAAUGCUUCAGAGAGUGAAGCUCAAACCAUUGGUGGUAAAGGCACAAAAAGAGGAAAGAAGACAACAGCUACCAAGAAGAACACCAUUCUAAGUAUUACUAUGGAUGAAGAACUACAAAAGAAGUUGCACAACAUAUCAGAUUCAUACAAUCCGAGAAGAAGUACAAGAUCAAUGGUGAAAGUGCAACAAAAUGUUGGUGCUGAAGUAGUUAGCAAAGAAGAAUUUGAAGGCAAAGAUGUUUCUGGAGUUACUUCCAAAGUAACAAAUACUCCAAAGAAAAGGAAAGCGGCUGAGAAAGAAGAUGAGGAUGAGCCUUUGGAUGAGUUGAAAAAAAAGCACCUGUUAAGGGAAGAAUUCUUCCUCUUAGGAGUGCAUUGA